AUGAGCAUUCCAUCUCCUUUCGGUGGGGGCAACGCUCCUCUUCCGCAGCUGGGCCAGGAUGAUCCCAACGUCAGAGCUAUUCAAGGCGCAAUGGAAUCAUGUUAUGGCAAGUCCAUCAUGUCAGGUGUCAUGGGCUUCGGCAUGGGCGGACUCUUUGGACUCUUCAUGGCCUCUAUGUCCUACGAUACCCCCUUCGGCAGCCCCCUCCAAGGCGCCAACGGUCAGCCCGCCAUCACUUCGCUCCCCCUCCGCCAGCAGCUCAAGAUCGGCUUCAAGGACAUGGGCACGCGGUCCUGGAGCAUGGCCAAGAACUUUGGCAAGGUCGGCGCCCUGUUUUCCGGAAUCGAGUGCGGCAUCGAGGGCAUGCGUGCGAAAAACGACCUGGUCAACGGCGUCGCGGCUGGAUGCCUGACGGGAGGCAUCCUGGCCAAGAAUGCGGGCCCGCAGGCCGUUGCAGGAGGCUGCGUUGCCUUUGCGGCUUUUAGUGCGGCUAUUGAUGCGUACAUGAGACAGCCGAGUGACGAGUAGAGCAUUUGCUGGCUAUAGCUGUUGAAAAAGAGAAAGGGAGGUGUAUGAUGAUAUGAAGGAAAGGGUUCGAGGAUACUUGCGUUUAAUUUGUGGUAAUCAUGGGUCGAGGAGUUCCGGUAGAGUGUACAUAUAGAGCAUCUGGGUUGGCGUUGGUGGAACUGACAUGGCAUCUCUCCACUUUUGGUGUGGCCUUUUGAUCGAUGGAGAGGGAGGGAAAAGAGAGAGAGAGAGAGAGAUGACUGCAUGUUGUUGAUUUUAUGAAGAGAUUUGGAUGUGUAUCACAAAUACCUAGGCUUCCAUAGAGGCGGAUUAUGUAUAUUAUGACUAACUAGUCUACCAACUGUCUCGUAAUUUCCUCUUUCUUG